AUCAUAACGAACCCAAGAUAAAUAUCUACGUUAUUUAUCUCGUCGGUAGAUUAUUUUAGGAAUUUGUUCCCCUUUAUCAAUUCGAGAACGGUAACUUGGGUUCUAUUCGAUUUUUAUACCUUGUCACUACUUAUACAUAUAUCGUCCGCAAUAGUUAAAAACGCAAGUGUAUAAUAUAAUAAAUCUUAUCUGCUCACGAUGUUCCCCCGGACGAUUCUCCAACCAUCACGAACUGGCUUCUCGAGAGUCCUGCUCGCUCAACGAGCACAGGCAACACGCAACAAAUCCCACACCACCAACUUCGACCCCGAAGCCAUCACCCCCGGCACAUCCUCCAACGUCCGCAACCCACAAUCCAGCUCUCCCGAAGCGCAACGCAUCAACAUUUCUCGCGGCGAAAAGGGCCGGUCGUCAGACACGGCAGAUACGCGCUCCGUGCAGUCUCCAGUCAGCGGGAGGAAUCAAGACCAAGCGAGCGAGACACGUGCGGAGGAAGAGCCGUCGACGACGGAGGCGGCGGUUAAGAAUGAUCCGAACUUGUCGGAGGAGGAGAAGAAGAGGAAUGUGGAAGGGGCGGGGAGGAAGCCUAUGGGGGUGGAGGAUGUGAGGAGGUCGUAGAUGGGUAUUUUUUUUGGGUGGGAGAGUUUGAAAGAUGUGCUUUUCUAGGAUGGAUGGAUGGGUAGUGCGUAUAAGAAUGUGCUUUAUUGUAUUGUAUGUAUUAUUCGAUGCUGAUAGGGCUUAUAAUAGAUGGAAGCUUCCUGAUAGUAAGAGGUUGGUGUACAGUAUAGAAAAAUCAGAAUACUCCG